AAAGACCUCGACAGUAUGCGAGGCCGCAUGACGAACGUAUUCGAGCAGUUCAUUGAGUUCAUCUACGGCGUGUUAUGUUGGCUCUGGGAGACCCUGGAGCUGCUUGUCGAAAUAAUGCUGGACUUCGUCGCGAGGAUCGUCGAACUGUUCAUAGCGGUGUUGCACCUAAUUUUCCAGGUGAUAUGCUUCUUCAGGGACCUCCUCAUAGAGGCGAUGCAGACGUUCGCUCACGUCUUCCAAGGAAUCGUCAACGUCGUCGGUGGAAUCACCUGCGACGACGUCGAGGACUUCGCCACGGCUUGCAUCGUCGUCCUCCUCUGGGUCGGAGCAGCCAAUAUCGUCCUCAACAUGAUUAACAAGAAACCAGGAUCGGAACCGUUCAACUUCUUUAAGCUACGUAUGGCUGGGAAUCGCGGCAACGAGGUGCCGAUUAAUAAAUGCUGCGCCGGUGAGGUACUUCCAAGGAGGGCGAAAACGAAGUCGAGGAAACGCAGCAGCAAACGGCGCACUACCAUGCCUUCGUAUAUGAUCUCGGACGAGGAACCUAUCGACUAAAGAAAGAAAAUUAAAGCACAACCAGUGAGUAAUCGCAGGAAAUGAAUUUGAUAAGCAUAGCUGCACAUUAGAUUUACAAAUAUAUUCUUCCCGAUGUCCGUGAACGCGACUUUCUCAAGAAGUGACACAUCGAUUGAAGAUAGUACAAGCCUCGACGUGCGAAACGUCGAGUUUGACGUCACGAGCUUUGUGGUAACAUUUACAACACCCGAGACGUCUUUGUAUAUUUGUAUUAAAUGUAUUUCCUGUACAUUUCAAUCCAGUGUCAUUUACUCGGUU